AUGGCCACCACGAUCGACUACGAAGAGGACAAGAAGAAGGCGUUGGUGGAGGAGGCCGACAGUGACAUUAGCUUUCGCGACGAUGACAGCCUCCCAGAGCGUCGCCAGAUUGGUCUCCCCUCUGCGGUCUUCAUCAUUUUCAAUCGUAUCGUUGGCACUGGCGUCUUCGCUACCCCGAGUACAAUAUUAGGGCUGAGUGGGAGUGUAGGCCUGUCAUUGUUCAUGUGGCUAAUCGGCGCGAUCAUUGCAGCGGCGGGUAUGCAGGUGUACAUCGUCUGGGGUACUGCUGUCCCCAAGAAUGGAGGCGAAAAGAACUAUCUGGAGUACCUCUUCCGGAGGCCGAAGUUCCUGAUCACAUCAGUCUUUGCUGCAAACGGAGUGCUAUUGGCCUGGGCUGCUGGAAACUCCCUGGUGUUCGGAGAGUACAUCCUGCGCGCCGCCAACGUCGCACCCGGACGUUGGACCCUCCGCCUCGUCGGCUUCGCCUGCAUAACUUUCGCCUUCCUCAUUCAUGGAACUGCCUUGAAAUGGGGUCUUCGUUUGCAAAACGUCCUGGGAGUCUUCAAAAUUCUUGUCCUUGUUUUCGUCAUCAUCACGGGUUUCGUCGCUCUUGGCGGUCAUAUGAAAGUUCCCAAACCCAAUAACUUCUCUAAUGCGUUUGAGGGAACGACUGCCAGCGCGUCUUCAUUUUGCUUGAGUUUGUACAGUGUCAUCUGGUCUUAUAUCGGUUUUAGCAACGUCAACUACGCUCUGUCGGAAGUCAAAGACCCCAAGCGUACCGUUCGCAUUGCUGGGCCUCUCGCCAUCGCGGUCGUUACCGUUCUCUACAUGCUUGCAAACAUUGCCUACUUCGCUGGUGCCACGAAAGAGGAGAUCACUGGUUCAGGUCGGCUCGUCGCCGCUCUGUUGUUUAGGAAUGUUUAUGGCGAGAGGGCUGAACGUGCGUUGUCGACCUUCGUUGCCCUAUCGGCUCUGGGUAAUGUCUUGUCUGUGAUCUUCUCUCAAGGUCGUGUUAACCAGGAGCUCGGAAGAGAAGGGAUUCUUCCUUUCAGCAAGUUUUGGGGCUCUAACAGGCCUUUCAAUGCACCUCUUGCAGGUCUCGGCUUGCAUUGGAUCAUCUGUCUUAUUGUUAUUUUCGCCCUUCCUCCUGGCGACGCAUACAACUUUGUGCUCAACGUCAUUUCAUAUCCUCUCUCCGUUAUCAACGCUGCUAUUUCCUUCGGCAUUGUCUACCUCGCCUUCCGGCCGUACCCCGACUGGCCAACCGUCAACCUCUUUGGCCUCAUCGCAGCGGCCUUCUUCGGCGCUGUCAACGUCUUCCUCUUCAUCGUUCCCCUCACACGCCCACCUGAGGGUGCCGAGCCGUACAUCGACCUUCCCUACUGGACGCAUGCCGUUGCUGGGUGGGCCGUGUUCGGGUUAGGCUUCUUGUAUUGGAUACUCUGGGCGCACGUCCUACCGCGUGUCGCAGGUUAUAAGCUUCGCCGCAUUGAGGAGAUAGGCAAGGAUGGCUUGCGGAGACACGUCUUCAAGCGCAUCAAGCCAGAGUGA